AUGGCUGUCGGGAAGAACAAGAGGAUUUCCAAGGGAAAGAAGAGUGGAAAGAAGAAGGCUGUUGAUCCAUUCUCCAAGAAGGACUGGUAUGACGUCAAGGCUCCAGGUCCUUUCACCGAGCGAAAUGUUGGCAAGACACUUGUUUCCAGGACUCAGGGUACCAAGAUUGCCUCUGAGGGACUGAAGCACAGGAUUUUUGAGGUUUCCCUUGCUGAUCUUAACAAAGACGAGGACAAUGCUUACAGGAAGAUCCGUCUAAGAGCUGAGGAUGUUCAGGGAAGGAAUGUGUUGACCCAAUUCUGGGGUAUGGACUUCACAACCGACAAGCUCAGGUCGUUGGUGAAGAAGUGGCAGACUUUGAUUGAAGCCCAUGUUGAUGUGAAAACCACAGACGGCUUCACCUUGAGGAUGUUCUGCAUUGGUUUCACCAAGAGACGUGCUAACCAGGUCAAGCGUACUUGCUACGCUCAGUCCAGCCAGAUCCGUCAGAUCCGCAGGAAGAUGACUGAAAUCAUGGUGAAGGAGGCUUCAUCAUGUGACCUUAAGGCGCUUGUGGCCAAGUUCAUCCCUGAGUCGAUUGGAAAAGAGAUUGACAAGGCUACACAGAACAUCUACCCGUUGCAGAACGUGUUCAUCCGUAAGGUCAAGAUCCUCAAGGCUCCCAAGUUUGACCUCGGAAAGCUCAUGGAGGUGCAUGGAGAUGUCUCAGCAGAGGAUGUUGGUGUGAAGAUCGACAGGCCAGCGGAAGACGUUGUUGAGGAACCAACUGAACUCAUCGGAGCUUAG